CGAGCUGUGAGCGAAGAGCUGCCAGCGGGGGGCGGGAGAAGCAGCCGUGAGCCGUGCUAUGAGCAGCAGGGGAUAGACAAGAUCUCGGUGAAGGGCGGCCGUGUGUGUGAGAGAGAUGUCUGUGCUCGCAGAGAUGUGGAGGAGACUUCCUGGGGCUACUGCCUGUCAGGUUAGAAAUGUAAGACGCAGGCUUCAUCUAAACACCGUGGGUUUCUACAGCACAUCAGUACCCUCUAGUGAUGUGGCUGUCCACUAUAAGCAUGGACUCCCUGUUAUAACGGUCCCCCUGCCAUCUCGUGAUGAACGUUGCCAGUUCACCAUUAAACCCUUCACAACUACAGUAGGGAAGUUUUUAAAGGACAUCCAGAAUGAGGACCGAGGAAUUCAGAGUCUGACUGCAUUAUCCACAGAUGGUAUCAAGUUCUCUGCUUCAACAUUGAUGGACAUCUUAUUGAAGAAUGAUUUUCACCUUGUUAUAAACAACUCAACGUACCAUGUCCAGUCUCUUCAGACAGACAAGCAGCCUACUAAUGAGUCUAAUGGAUUGGAUCCUGUGAAGUCUUUGGUCCAUGACCUGUAUUCAGCCUUGCACUUAGAAGAAUAUCAUCUAAACCAAGAACAGGAGCUCAUACAAAGGAUAGAAGCCUUCAAGGAAGAGCUACUGCCCCUAGAGCAGAUUAGGUUGGAUAUAAUUGCUAAAUCAGAUGCCAGAAGCAAUAUUCUUAUUUGGACUGGACUGGCAGUGCUGUCUACACAGGGAGGAGCUUUAGGCUAUCUCACAUGGUGGGUCUACUCUUGGGAUAUUAUGGAGCCUGUUACAUACUUCCUCACCUAUGGAAAUGCCAUUGCCUUCUAUGCAUAUUAUGUUCUAACCAAGCUGGACUAUAUUUAUCCAGAUGCAAGAGACCGUCAGUUCCUGAAUUUCUUCUACAAAAGAGCCAAGAAGCAGCACUUUGAUGUAGACAAAUACAAUUGGCUGAGAAAUGAACUGGCAGAGACCGAAGAAAGUUUGAGACGCCUGCGGAAUCCUCUAAAACUCAAGCUUCCAAUUGAGCAACUACAAGAGAGAGAAUAACAUGGAAUUUUUUUUAUUCAGUUUAGAAAUGUUUUUGUGUUUUAAAUAAUUUUGUAAAUUGAACUGAACCUUAUGACCACUACUUUAAGAGACUACAAUAAACGAUUAAUAAAAGGUGGUCCAAUUUUA